AUGUAUGCCAAAGGAAAAGGUUCUAGUGUACCUUCAGAUGCUCAAGCCAGGGAAAAAUUAGCUUUAUAUGUUUAUGAAUAUUUAUUACACGUAGGGGCACAGAAAUCAGCACAGACAUUUCUCUCAGAAAUACGAUGGGAGAAAAAUAUCACAUUAGGAGAACCUCCUGGAUUUUUACAUUCUUGGUGGUGCGUGUUUUGGGAUUUAUAUUGUGCAGCACCAGAAAGACGUGAUACAUGUGAUCAUUCAAGUGAAGCAAAAGCAUUUCAUGAUUAUGUAAGUAUAGCGAAUACACAUUAUUAUAUUUAUUAG